AUGGCAGAACGAGUCAAUCUAGUCUUUCACAAUAAAGUAAUAGAUGGAACUGCCAUUAAAAGACUUAUUAGCAGAUUAAUAGAUCACUUCGGAAUGGCAUAUACAUCACACAUUCUGGAUCAAGUAAAGACUCUGGGUUUCCAGCAAGCCACUGCUACAUCCAUUUCAUUAGGGAUUGAUGAUCUUUUAACGAUACCCUCUAAAGGAUGGUUAGUACGAGAUGCUGAACAACAAAGUUUGACUUUGGAAAAACACCAUCAUUAUGGGAAUGUACACGCAGUAGAAAAAUUACGCCAAUCCAUUGAGGUAUGGUAUGCUACAAGUGAAUAUUUGCGACAAGAAAUGAAUCCUAAUUUUAGGAUGACCGACCCUUUUAAUCCAGUCCAUAUAAUGUCUUUUUCGGGAGCCAGAGGAAAUGCAUCUCAAGUACACCAAUUAGUAGGUAUGAGAGGAUUAAUGUCGGAUCCUCAAGGACAAAUGAUUGAUUUACCUAUUCAAAGCAAUUUACGCGAAGGACUGUCGUUAACAGAAUAUAUCAUUUCUUGCUACGGAGCCCGCAAAGGAGUUGUGGAUACUGCUGUCCGAACAUCAGAUGCUGGAUAUCUUACGCGCAGACUUGUUGAAGUAGUUCAACACAUUGUUGUACGUAGAACAGAUUGUGGGACCAUCCGAGGGAUUUCUGUGAGUCCUCGAAAUGGGAUGAUGCCGGAACGAAUUUUUAUUCAAACAUUAAUUGGUCGUGUAUUAGCGGACGAUAUAUAUAUGGGCUCACGAUGCAUUGCCAUUCGAAACCAAGAUAUUGGAAUUGGACUUGUCAAUCGAUUCAUAACCUUUCGAACACAACCAAUAUCUAUCCGAACCCCCUUUACUUGUAGGAGUCCAUCUUGGAUCUGUCGAUUAUGUUAUGGUAGGAGUCCUACUCAUGGUGACCUGGUCGAAUUGGGAGAAGCUGUCGGUAUUAUUGCGGGUCAAUCUAUUGGAGAACCAGGGACUCAACUAACAUUAAGAACUUUUCAUACGGGUGGAGUGUUCACAGGUGGCACUGCAGGACAUGUACGAGCCCCCUCUAAUGGAAAAAUCAAAUUCAAUGAGCAUUUGGUUCAUCCCACACGUACGCGUCAUGGGCAUCCCGCCUUUCUAUGUUCUAUAGACUUGGAUGUAACUAUUGAGAGUGAAGAUAUUAUACAUAACGUGACUAUUCCACCAAAAAGUUUUCUUUUGGUUCAAAAUAAUCAAUAUGUAGAAUCAGAACAAGUGAUUGCUGAGAUUCGCGCGGGAACAGAUACUUUAAAUUUUAAAGAAAGGGUUCGAAAACAUAUUUAUUCUGACUCAGAGGGAGAAAUGCACUGGAGUACCGAUGUGGACCAUGCGCCUGAAUUUACAUAUAGCAAUGUCCAUCUUUUACCAAAAACAAGUCAUUUAUGGAUAUUAUCGGGAGGUUCGUGCAGAUCCAAUGGAGUCCCCUUUUCACUCCACAAGGAUCAAGAUCAAAUAAAUCUUCGGUCUCUUUCUGUCAAACGAAGAUAUCUUUCUAGUCUCUCAGUGAAUAAUGAUCAAAUCAGAUCGAAAUUGUGUAGUUCUGAUUUUUCUGGUAAAAAAAAAGAAGAUAGGAGUCCGGAUUAUUCAGAAAUUAAUCGAAUCAUAUGUACUGGUCAUUGUAAUCUCACAUAUCCUGCUAUCCUCCACGAGAAUUCUGAUUUAUUGGCAAAAAGGCGAAGAAAUAGAUUUGUCAUUCCAUUCCAAUCGAUUCAAGAACGAGAGAAAGAACUAAUGCCUCAUUCGGGUAUAUCGAUUGAACUACCCAUAAAGGGUAUUUUCCGUAGAAAUAGUAUUCUUGCUUAUUUCGAUGAUCCUCGAUACAGAAGAAAGAGUUCGGGAAUUACUAAAUAUGGGACUAUAGGGAUGCAUUCAAUGGUUAAAAAAGAGGAUUUGAUUGAGUAUCGAGGAAUCAAAGAAUUUAAGCAAAAAUACCAAAUGAAAAUAGAUCGAUUUUUUUUCAUUCCCGAAGAAGUACAUAUUUUACCUGAAUCUUCUUCGAUAAUGGUACGGCACAAUAGUUUGAUUGGAGUAGAUACACGAAUCACUUUAAAUACAAGAAGCCGAGUGGGCGGAUUAGUCCGAGUGGAGAGAAAAAAAAAAAGGAUUGAAGUGAAAAUCUUUUCGGGAGAUAUCCAUUUUCCUGGAGAAACGGAUAAGAUAUCCCGACACAGUGGCAUCUUGAUACCACCAGGAACAGGAAAAACAAAUUCUAAGGAAUCAAAAAAAUUGAAAAAUUGGAUCUAUGUCCAAAGGAUCACAUCUACUAAGAAAAAGUAUUUUGUUUUAGUUCGACCCGUAGUAACAUAUGAAAUAGGGGACGGUAUAAAUUUAGCAACACUCUUUCCCCCGGAUUUGUUCCAAGAAAAGGAUAAUAUGCAACUUCGAGUUGUCAAUUAUAUUGUUUACGGAAAUGGAAAACCAAUUCGGGGAAUUUCUGGCACAAGUAUUCAAUUAGUUCGAACUUGUUUAAUUUUGAAUUGGGACGAAGACGAAAAAAGUUCUUCUAUCCAAGAGGCCCGUGCUUCCUUUGUUGAAGUAAGUACAAAUGGCCUGAUUCGAGAUUUUCUAAGAAUCGACUUAGUGAAAUCCCCUAUUUUGUAUCUCAGAAAAAGGAAUGAUCCGUCAGGCUCAGGAUUGAUCUUUGAUAAUGUGUCAGAUCACACCCAUAUCAAUCCUUUUUAUUCUAUUUAUUCCAAGACAAAGAUUCAACAAUCACCUAGCCAAAAUCACGGAACUAUUCGCACUUUGUUAAAUAAAAAUAAGGAAUGCCCAUCUUUGAUAAUUUUGUCAUCAUCUAAUUGUUUUCAAAUGGGUCCAUUCAAUGAUGCAAAAUAUCACAAUGUGAUAAAAGAAUCAAUUAAAAAAGAUCCUAUAAUUCAAAUUAGGAAUUCGAUUGGCCCUUUAGGAACAGUCCUUCAAAUUGUGAAUUUUUAUUCAUUUUACGAUUUAAUAACUCAUAAUCAGGUUUUAGUAACUAAAUAUUUGCAACUUGAAAAUUUAAAACAGACCUUUCAAGCACUUAAAUAUUAUUUAAUGGAUGAAAAUGGGAGGAUUUAUAAUCCUGAUCCAUGCAGUAACAUCGUUUUGAAUUCAUUCAAUUUGAAUUGGUAUUUUCUCCCUUACAAUAAUUAUGAUAAUUAUUGUGAAGAAACAUCUCCAAUAAUCAGUCUUGGACAGUUUAUUUGUGAAAAUGUAUGUAUAGCAAAAAAUGGACCAUACUUAAAAUCGGGUCAAGUUUUGAUUGUUCAACUUGACUCUGUAGUAAUAAGAUCCGCUAAGCCUUAUUUAGCCACUCCAGGAGCAACUGUUCAUGGCCAUUAUGGAGAAAUCCUUUACGAAGGAGAUACAUUAGUUACAUUUAUAUAUGAAAAAUCGAGAUCCGGCGAUAUAACGCAGGGUCUUCCAAAGGUGGAACAAGUGUUAGAAGUGCGUUCAAUUGAUUCAAUAUCAAUGAACCUAGCAAAAAGAGUUGAGGGUUGGAACGAGCAUAUAACAAGAAUUCUUGGAAUUCCUUGGGGAUUCUUGAUUGGUGCUGAGCUAACUAUAGUGCAAAGUCGUAUAUCUUUGGUUAAUAAGAUCCAAAAGGUUUAUCGAUCCCAAGGGGUACAAAUCCAUAAUAGGCACAUAGAAAUUAUUGUACGCCAAAUAACAUCAAAAGUCUUAGUUUCCGAGGAUGGAAUGUCUAAUGUUUUUUUACCUGGAGAACUAAUUGGAUUGUUGCGAGCGGAACGAACGGGGCGCGCUUUGGAAGAAUCGAUCUGUUACAGGGCCGUCUUAUUGGGAAUAACAAGAACAUCUUUGAAUACUCAAAGUUUCAUAUCUGAAGCGAGUUUUCAAGAAACUGCUCGAGUUUUAGCCAAAGCUGCUCUCCGGGGUCGGAUCGAUUGGUUGAAAGGCCUAAAAGAGAACGUUGUUAUAGGAGGGAUGAUACCCGUUGGUACCGGAUUCAAAGGAUUAGCGCACCGUUCAAGGCAACAUAAGAAUAUUCCUUUGGAAAUAAAAAAUAAUAAUUUUUUCGAGGGCGAAAUCAAAGAUAUUUUGUUCCACCACAGAGAAUUAUUUGAUUCUUGCAUUUCAAAGAAUUUCCAUGAAACACCAGAACAAUCAUUUAGAGGAUUUAAUAAUUCCUAA